UACUUCAGCUCAGUUUAUUUGUAAUACAUGAGGCACCUUAGCUGAAUCUGCGAUUGAGAUGCACGUUUGAGAUGGGAUCUAUAAAUGGGAUGUGCAGUGGAGAGCUCGGAGCAUCGAUGUUUCUUCAUCAGUCGCAUCAUUGCUCUGGUACUAAAGGAACCGCUUCCUGCCGGCUGUCAUCGCGAUGAUGAGGAUGAUGCCAUUCAGCAGACGCAGGACGCACGAGCACUCUUGUGCCUGCUAAACGUCGGGAUCACUUUAAUCGAUCGUGACAUUGCGUGAUACAACAACUGCACGUUGGCCAAGAGAACGAAGGAUUGAAAUCUCGUCUUUCUCGCGAAACCUCUCCCGGUAUUCUGGGGCAGAUCCGUCUUUAAGUCUCCCUUUGAGAUGCGUAUUGAUCUUUUUUAAAGAUGUCGUCAUCCUAUAUGUUCAUGGGUCGGUUCUUUGAAGGGCAGAGAUGUGGAAGUGAAGGAGCACGUUCAUUCUCUUCAUUAUAACCUUAUAUCAUCUGUUGGAUACCAAUAAUAUAAGCCACGAGAAUGGAAAAUACGGGCUUACAGGGGGUCUCGCUGGAGCAGCAGGUGGACAGUGUGGAGAGGAGCAUUGUGUUCCUUAGACACGAGCAACUGUCUCUGCUGCAUGGACUACAUCUGGAGAUCCUGUCCCUCCAGAAACGCUGUACAGAACUUACACAGGAACUCAACAUGAAGCCCCCAGGCCGGAGGGAAGCAGAGGUGAAGGAGGAAGAGGAGCAGCUGGAAGCCCGCUGUCGGGAGGUCGAGGAGCAUCUGCAGGAGCAGCAGGAGAUCCAGAGUGAUCUGCGAUGGGAGCUGAGUCAGAAGUCUGUCAUAGUGGGUUCUCUCCGCGCCAGUCUGAAGGAAAAGGAGCGCCGUUUCCUGGAGGAAUUAAAAAACCGCAGCCACAGGACCACUGUGCUCAACACCGAGCUGCAGAAGCAGACAGAGGUGGCUGCAUACCUGUCCUUCCAGCUGCAUUCAGCCAAGCAGAAACUUCAUCAGCAGAGGCAGCACAGGAGGCCGGCCCAGUCUGGUGUGGACAAGCCUAUCAUCCACCCUUCGCCUCAGGCCAGUGCCAGUAGCCAGACCACCAUCAAACCCAAACGGCGGAGCUCAAGCCGGCCUUCCUCAAACUUCCACACCGAACGUGCCAGGGAGUGCGUGCCCCGCGAGAGGGUGAUGGGCCCCGAGGAGCCUAUGGCCAUGCCUGACCCUGCCCUCUUCUUCUACCCCUACAGACACAGAUCCCGGCUCCGCCCACCACACAGACAUGCCCUGCAGGAGGCAGAGGGGGAGGAGUCAGAAGAGCUAGAUCAGGGAGCUUCUGUAAGCAGACUGGCAACAACAGUAGCUAAAGCCACUGCGACCACUGCAUCCACCACAGAGAACAACUCUGAAUGAGCGUUUCUUUUACCGUUCAACCUGCUUGUUUUUAUGAUAUUUCAACCUGAAUUGCACCUUGAGCCCCUUGGGAGAACCUUUGCAUUAUGACUUUGACAGAAAUGUUUAUAUUUGCAAUACGGUUUGCUUUUUUUACAGUUUGCACAUGCGGUGAUCAUUAGACUGAGGAGAGAUUUUUGCUUACGUUCUUGUUGAACCAAAAUCGACUCAUGUUUAUGUUGAUGUAAAGCAUUUUUGUAAUCAAAAAUUACCCUUAUGGCCUCAGUACACGAACAUGAAGUGCUUCAUAAGGCCUGUUUUAUGCGUCCUGUAUCUGCGGUGUGUAGUUUGUUCU